AUGGCUAAUAAUGGUCUUAUAUUUGUGACAAAUGCUGCAAAAGCCCACAGUCUUGUCUCCAAAGUGAAUAAAUUUGUGAAAAAUAUGCUAUACAUCAAAAUUAAUAACGACAGUGCAAACUUACUUCCAAUUCUGAAUAAACAAAUAGUAAACAUUUACAGUAAUCUAUCUUCACAAAAUACUGAUAUUAGACUAAUGUUAAAGCCCGGUAGUUCAGCAGAUAAAGUGCAAACAAAUCAUCCUAUAAAUGUUAUAUUUUAUGACAGUGAACUAAAUAAACAAGUAGAUGAAUUAAAACAAACUGUGAAAAACUUAGAUAUGGUGCAUAAAGUUGUAAGUGUUGAUUCACAAGAUGCAGAAGAAACUUUAGCAGAAGAAAAAGUCAAGACUUAUGAAUAUGUGGCAGUUGGUGGAACAUUUGACAGAUUACACAAUGGACACAAAAUUCUAUUAUCUGAAGCUGCCCUGAGAGCCACAAAACAUGUUACGGUGGGGGUAACUGAUGUAAAUAUGAUACAAUCAAAAGUUCUUUGGGAAUUAAUAGAGCCUGUGGAAAAACGAAUACAAGGUGUCCUUGACUUCUUAACAGACAUAAAUCCUGACCUUGAGUAUAAAGUGGAACCUAUUCAAGACCUCUAUGGGCCAACCAAAUCAGAUCCUAGGUAUGAGCUGAUAGUGGUCAGCGAGGAGACGAUGCGCGGCGCUGUCAAGAUAAACCUGAAACGCGAGCAGAACGGCCUCAACCCGCUCGAUGCGUACGUCAUAGCGCUGGCUACGGACACGUCUUCCCAACGUUCGCAAGAGGAGGAGAGCAAAGUGAGCUCUAGUAACCAACGAAUGAGGAUCCUCGGAACUGUACUGAGGGAGCCCGAGCCAAAUCCCAAUAUUCCUGAGAGUCCGUACGUGAUUGGUCUGGCUGGUGGCAUUGCGAGCGGGAAGAGUAAUAUCGCCGAGAAAUUGAAGCUUAAAGGUGCUGCAAUCGUGAAUUGUGAUAUAAUUGCCCACGAGCUAUACAAGCCGGGGCUUCCCCUGAAUCGGACCUUGGCUGAGGUCUUUGGGGAUCGCAUAAUAACGGACGAUGGGGAGGUCGAUAGAAGAAAGUUGGGCCAGAUCGUAUUCAGCGACAAGGAGCAAUUGGAGAAGUUGAACCGGACAGUGUGGCCCGCCGUGAUAGAAGAGGCGCAGAGGCGGAUCAGGGCCCUGGGGGAGGCAGGCUACAAAGUGGUGGUGAUGGAGGCCGCGGUGAUGGUGAGGGCCAAGUGGUACAAGUACUGCCACCAGCUGUGGUCCGUUAUUAUACCACCGGCCGAGGCGAUCAAGCGGUUGCAACAGCGCAACAGUCUAUCCGAAUUGGAGGCGAGGCAACGCAUCGAGUCGCAGCCUUCCAAUUUGGAGCAGGUGGCCGCCGCCAACGUGGUCUUCAGCCCCUACUGGAGCUACGAUUACACUCAAGCUCAAGUCGACAAGGCAUGGGACCAUCUGCAGCAGUACAUAGCCGGCACUACUGAA